AUAUGAUACAUUUAUAGAUGAUCGCCAUUUACCCAGUACCGUCUAUGCUGCCCCGCAUAUCUUUAUCCUCGGGUUCCAUCACUUCACUCAUUUCUGCUCACCAGAUCCCAUGGAUGGUUAGCAAGCAAAAACGUCCUCCAGAAUCUGGAGUCGACGCGCAAGCUCAUCCUUGAGUUACUCACGGACAUGGACAAUCGAUUAACCCCCGUUCUGGAUUUCACCACCUCACAUACUCGAUUUCUAUGCUCCUUUCACCAGCCUUCACUUCAACUUUCGCCUUUGUUGGGGGAGCCUUGACUACUUUGCAUGUGAUUUUGCAAGAGGUGUGUGGAAGACAUCUGUGGCUGAACAAUCCAUUUCGGAGUUCCAGCUCCGAGGAUCAAAGGAUGGAGACACCAGAGAUAGAACAAGAAUGGAAUGGCUCUGUGGCGCACAGAUGGUUCAAAUAUAGAGACCAAAGCCCCUCCGAUGGUGUUCUAGCCUUUUCAUUGAAUCCUAGCACUGGCACGCAUAGAGGUCACAAAGUCAGGCGCCCGAAUUGUGACAAUGACGAACAAAGAAACCUUUCUCAGCCCUUACAACGCUUUUAACAUCGACUUCUAGCCACCUUAUAGCAACUAUCGUGUCCAACUCCGAGGUACAAAAGACGAGAGCGGAUAAUGCUACCGACCUUGCUAGGUUCCAGCCCACUGACGACUCUGCGGAACUCCGUAAAUUCAGCAGUACACUUCGAAAUAUACUUGCAAAAGCGCUUAUCUGCCAGUAGGGAACGUGGGAGUGACGCCUUUGUAUUUUCGUGCCUUCAUAAUGUUUUGCAUUCCCUUAUCACAAAUCUACACCCAGGUGAUUGCGCCCUUGAAAACCCCUUUCAAAUAUUCGCUAUGUUUAACGUGAAGAGAAGAAGAAGAAGACAGGAUUGAUUUAAUUUUGUGAUUACCAACAGUUACAGGGAAUUCUUAUAGGACUUUCUAUCCAAGCGCUUCUAGAGAUACGCUCGUUAAAACGCAGUAUUAUUUGUCAAGCUGAGAGUAACUGCAUAAAUGCAUAAAUAAUAAUUAGACACAUUUGUCUGAUCAUGUAGUAGGCACAGUUAUCAAAGGGACUGCGUUAUACUUUUC